AUGGCAACCGACGAUAACUUCCCCUGCUCGCUAACACUUCGAGUGCCCUUCCCUGAUGCUCGGUUAGCUUCUGUUGCCCUCCAGGCUUUGAGAGUGGACAAGGAGCUCUCCGGCCUCGUGAAGCGGGAACUCUCGACCGUUGCGUCUCCUGGCAGCGAAGACGCUGGGGAGACGGUCCUGCAAGUCGACUACAAGGCGACCACAAACCGCAUGCUCCGCGUUGCCGUGAAUUCCUUCAUGGACAGCCUGUCGUUGGUGUUGGAGGUGCAGGAGGAGAUGGAUGUGGAUGUCAUUGAGUCUGAGAAAGCCAGCAUCUGA